CUUCAACUGCAAAUGUUUGUUUCGUCUCAUACCCUAAAUUGCUCCUUUCUCUUCAAGUCUACCGGGCGUCUUCUCUCAGUACUGCUAAAUCAAUCUCAGAAACAGUCUUCUUCACAGAGCCACAGGACAUACCUCACUACUUCAGCUUCGUCAGGUUGGUUUAAAUUCGUUGAAAAACGAUCUGGCCAGACCUUGGUUCAUCGCAAAUACUUUUCCUCGUCUCUGCAAACAUCAAGACACAAAAUGGCAGACGAGAUCCAAAAUUCUUUCGGCUCUCUCACCCUGCAAGAGAUGGCGGCAGCUACGAAUCCUGUUGAUUUUUAUCGAGAAUACAUUGCCGAGCGUCUGUCCCCCAUCGUUGACCGGAAACCAAACGAGCUCAUUCCCUUACUGCAAUGGACCGCGACACUUGACAAGGGAGAUCUUGCCCUCCCAGUUCCCGCCCUCCGGAUAAAGGGCAAGAAUCCACAGGAGCUGGCCGCUGAAAUCGUCGACAAAUUUCCCAAAUCCGACGACACACCCAUCACACUAUAUCAGGCCGGUCCUUUUGUGCAAAUCUUCUUCAAACCACAGCACGUGAUUACUACGGUUAUUCCCGAAAUCCUCAAAUCUACAAAGGCAUAUGGUACCAACCCAUUGUCCGGCCAAAAAGAUCCCUCCGCGCCACUUUCCAAAGACAACCGAAAGAAGGUCAUUGUAGAGUUUUCCUCGCCCAAUAUUGCCAAAGAAUUCCACGCAGGUCACCUUCGAAGUACGAUCAUUGGUGGUUUCCUCGCCAAAUUGUACACCAUCAUGGGCUGGGACGUAAUCAAAAUGAACUAUCUCGGUGACUGGGGCAAGCAGUAUGGUCUAUUGGCCAACGGCUUCAAGCAGUUUGGAAGCCAAGAAGAGCUGGACAAGAACUCGAUCGCGCAUUUGUUCUACGUCUACGUCGAAAUCAACAAGAUCAAGAGCGAACAGGACGGCCCCAUCAACGAAUUAAAAAAGGAAAUCAAGGAGAAGAAAGCCAAGGGUGAAGACGUCUCGGCACUAGAAGCACAACUUGAACCUCUGGUUGAGGUUAGUGAAGACGAGAAGGCACGAAAGUAUUUCAAGAGUAUGGAAGACGGAGAUCCAGAGGCGUUGGCGCUGUGGCAGAAGUUCCGAGAUCUCAGCAUCCAAAAGUACCAGAAGACUUAUGCCCGAUUAAACAUUGAAUUCGACGUCUACUCGGGCGAGUCUCAGGUCAAGGCCGAGACCAUCAAGUCGGUACUGGACAAUCUGAUGGCCAAGAAGAUUGCUGAAGAGUCUGACGGUGCCAUCUUAAUCGACUUUGCUAAGCACGGAGCAAAGAAGCUCAACAAGGCCAUCAUUGUUCGUAAGGACGGGACGCCGUUGUACCUGACACGAGAUCUGGCAGCCAUCUUGGAACGUCACGAAAAGUACAAUUUCGACAAGAUGGUCUACGUCGUUGCCGAUCAACAAAAUGAGCAUGUCGCCCAGCUCUUCAAAACCACCGAUCUCAGUGGCCACAAAGACGUGUCGGACAAGUGUGAACAUGUCUCUUUCGGCAUGGUCAAGGGCAUGAGCACACGAAAAGGAACCGUCAAAUUCCUUGAUGAUGUGAUCCAGUCAGUCAAAGAUGUCAUGUUGGAUGUGAUGAAGAAGAAUGAGAAGAAGUACGAGCAGCUCGACGACCCAGAAGCGGUUGCCGACAUCCUCGCAAUUACGGCUAUCAUGGUGCAGGAUUUGAGUGGAAAGGUCCGGAACGGAUACGAGUUCAACAUCAACCAGAUGACGGCAUUUGAAGGAGAUACGGGUCCGUACUUGCAGUAUGCUCACGCGCGUCUUUGCUCGAUUGAGCGUAAGGCGAACGUGGACAUUAGCACCUUGAUCACUGCCGACCUCUCAUUGCUCCAGGAAUCACACGCCAUCAACUUGGCCCGGUCGCUGGCGCAGUACCCAGAUGUGGUAUUGAACACACUCAAGACUCGCGAGCCAGCUACGAUGCUCACGUAUCUCUUCAAAAUGGCGCAUGCAUUGAGCUCCAGCUAUGACCAUCUGCAAGUGGUGGGCAGUGAGCCUGAGCUGCAGAAGGCGCGGUUGGCACUGUACGAGGCUGCCCGACAAGUGCUAUGGAAUGGCAUGACCAUCCUCGGCUUAACUCCGGUGGAGCGGAUGUAGUGGGGGUCUGGAGGAUGAUGUUAGUGAUUCUGGUGAGAAAUGAUAUCCGGAGUUUCUGGAGUCGAGUUGCGGGCGGAAGAUGUCGGGGUUACCAAGGUCCUCUUGUGCAUGAUCGACGUUCAAAAAAGGAGAAUGUACCAUAAUCCAGAGGGGCAUGCCAGGGCACACGCAGGGGUUGGGUAUGCGUGAGAUGGCGCUGGGCACGGCAUUCAAGUUAGAGAGAGUAUAGCAGCCUCAAAGAAUU